CAGUACCGUACUACCGUACCACGGUCCACGACAACCGCCACUGCCACUGACGUCUGACCACCACUGCCUGAGUGUCACUCGCUGAAGUAGUGUAGUCGUCUUAUGGCUUUACAAGUUACGGUAUAGUGUAUACAGGUAUACUACGUACAGUCAGUAUUGAGUGGCGUUAUACUAACGGUUCUUAUUUCACAUUCACUAUUUUACUCUACCGCCGUCCACCGCUAGUCAAGACACGUCAGUGUGCCAUUGCACGUUAACGAUACUUAUUGCCAUUUGCUCUCGUACUCGUUAGUUGUUGCCACGUAUUCACGUUCUUUUUGCAUACACCAAUCGUUCGAAACGUGCAAAAUGGCACCCAAACAGAGGAUGAGGAUCGCCAAUGAAAAAGCCAGCAAAAACAUCACUCAGCGGGGCAACGUACCAAAAUCGACGAAAUCUGAGAAAAAUAAAACACCUGUAAGUCCAUGGCUGUUGGCGCUGUUUUUAUUUGUCGUUUGCGGAUCUGUUAUAUUUCAACUCAUACAAAGCAUAAGGAGUGCAUGAAUACCAAUUCUCUAUGUUACUACAGUUUAUAAUUUCAUCAACAUUCUUGCAUCUCAAAAUGUUAUUCCCAUUAAUGUAUUUUUUUUUUUUAAAUAUGUUAUUUUUUUCUGGUAAAUAAUUAUUUUCUUUAUUAUAAUUUUACUCUUACAUAUUAUUAUUAUUAUUUUUUUUUUUUUUAAUAAAACAUUAAUGUCAUGCAAUUUAUACUUCAUAAUUCCUUUUGUGAAAUGUAAACCAUAAUUCCUUUUGUGAAAUGUAAACAAUUUUUGUUGUAACAGCAAUCCUUAAUAUCUUUAUGCGUUAUUAAUUAUAUUUUUUUAUCAAUGCUAAUUGAAACACUUGUAUAUA